AAAUUUUGAUACAAAAUAAACUAUAGGAGUGAUAUUAUAUGUGGUUAGCAAAAUACUGAAAUUGGACAUAAUAAAAUGUUGGGGUUGGUGUUGUUGUUGUUUGUAGGGGUAUCAUCCACCUACGGAGCCCUACCAAGUUUCAUCAAAGUUUGCUCCCGCAGUGAUCCCUUACCAAACGAGUGUAUUUUGGAUUCGUUGAAGACGAUAACACCACAUUUAAAAGAUGGAAUUCCAGAGCUUAAUGUACCCACUUUGGAGCCCCUAAAUUUACCACCCAUCACCAUAUCGAGAGAAUCGAAUGGACCUUAUCUAAAAGUAACCCUUAGGAAUACAACGGUUUAUGGAGCUUCCAACUUCAUUGUCACGGAUUUAAAAUCCGAUCUCAAUACUGGAUAUUUCCAAUUUAAUUUGACUCUUCCAAAACUGGACGUUGAAGGUGAUUUCAAAAUCAAAUUGAACCUGUUGCUCAUAAACUAUAGCGGUGCAGGUCGAAUUUACAUCAACAUGACUGAUUACCACGCCAGGAUGCAAAUACAUGGCUACAAGAAAGUUGUCGACGGAAUCGAAUACCUCCAAGUCAAACCAAUCGACAUGAAAAUUAUUUUGGGAAACAAUAAAAUACGCCUAUCCGGUCUCUUUAACAACGAUCAAACCCUUGGAACAAUUCUUAGCCAGGCUGUGAACGACAACGCAAGACUAUUCUUCCAAGAGUUCAAGCCAACCCUGGAACAAACAUUGUCAAACAUUUUCACGGAAAUCGCCAACGGCGUACUGGCUAGUGCAUCUUAUGAAGAACUAUUUCCUGCCUAAGAUUUAAACAAUUAAUAUUGUUUUGGUUAUAUGUAAGAGUAAGUUUACUUUUGAGCAACAAAAAUUCAAAACAAUGCACCAAAGUUUUUGUUAUAAAACACUUGAAUGGCAGAUCAACUGUGUACAAGAAUAAAUUCAACACCGAACAACUAGUUUGUAAAUUGUCUUGAACCCAAAUUCUGACAAUAAGUUUAAUAUAAGAUAUUUUGAUUGAAUCAUAAAAUUAUCAGGAACUAUAACAAUCCUGCAACUACUUCGUACAAAUAUGACAACUAGAAUAAGUAUAGCAUAAGUUUAGUCUAGAGCGACAGGCAACCUGAAUUGUUAAAUAUUUU